UCCAUAAAUGUUUAUGUAAAAUACAAGUAUUAAAUUCAUGUUGACGGAGGGAUGGGCAGCAAACAGCCAACAUGCCAGCAGCUGGCGUAUCUGGACGAGCUGAAGCAGCGGCUCCAGGAUCUGCGUCUCCGCCAGGAGACUUUCAUGGAGGAAACAGCCGAAAUGCUGCGGAAUAUUAGCCCAGAUCGACCUGCGCCCACAAAGGCUCCUCCAUCCAAGGUGUCCGUGAAGCCAACUCGAAGUGAGGAUAAUCGUGAGUGUGUGGAUGAUCGUGAGUGUGUGGGAAAUAUCAAGCAGUUGAUUCAACGCUUUGAGGAUCUGCGUCAAACAUCGAGGCAGUUUAGCGAUCAGGCUAUGCCCGAGGAGCUCCUUGGUGUCGAUGUGAGAAAGCUGCUCAAGGGCUACGAGAAUCUCGUCGUGGAAGGCAACAUUCUGCAGAAUAAUUGGCUGCUCUUAAAGAAAACUACGGAAAGUUGUGCGCGUCAAGGAAAUAACGUUGAACCAAAGUUGAAACAGCCGAGCUCAAAAUCCCCUUCUUUCGCAGAGCAACCAUACGAUGUCCAGCUUAAGGUCCUGCCCAGAGCCAGUAAAUCCAUCAAGUUCAGUCUCGAGUCGUCAACACAAAAAUACACCGAAAAGUUCAGCAAUAAUAACAAAAAGCAAUGUGAGAAAUCUAUAGAAAGCCAGCCGAAAUUUAAUCCUAGAGUCACCAGACGCCACAGUUCCAAACAAAUCAAGAUCAGUAUCGAGUCAACAACUCAAAUGUAUGAUGAAAAUGUUAAAAAGGUACAAAGGAAUUAUGAUAAUGCGAAUCGGCAACGCUUUGGAGCAUUGAUCCAAUUGUUACUCCGUGCCAAUCCGUUCAACAAAUGCGCCAGGCGUAGUGUAUCUUUUAACGAUGAUUGCAAAAAGAAAUGAACUGAACAACAAGCAAUACAAAUAAUACUUAGCAUAGUUCAAUAGUAUAAUUGUCUACCGAAAUUCCUAUUAUUGUGAUACAGCUCAAAACUUAAUAUUCAAGCAAUUAAAUAGAACAAACACAGCAAA